AUGGCUUUAACACCCGAACAAUCGCCUCUGCUUCCUCAGGGAUCGCCCGGUCGUAAGCCCCGGUCGCCCCCUGUACCAAUCCAAGAAGACCCACAAGUAAAGCCUGCCGUGAUCGCCGCGAUAGUCUCCACCUGGAUUGCAACUUUUCUCGCCGCAGCGGAUAGCACCAUCACCUCAACGCUCUCUGCCACCAUCGCCUAUGAAUUUGGGUCCCUGACACUUGUAUCAUGGCUGGGCUCCGGUUACCUCAUUGGACUUACAGCCACACAGCCGCUCAGCGGAAAGCUAAGUGACAUCUUCGGGCGGCGCGUGACCUUCUGCGUCGCGUCGGGCUUGUUCACUAUCGGCAAUCUCAUCUGUGGCUUCUCUCAUUCCAAGAUUGUGCUGAUUGCCGCGCGUGUCAUUACCGGCAUUGGAGGUGGUGGGUGCAUUUCCACCGCGACCUUCAUCGCGUCCGAUAACAUCCCUCUUCAUCGUCGAGGUAUCUGGCAGGGCGUUGGCGCCGUUGUGUAUACCUCUGGUAUGGGCUUAGGGGCUGUGAUUGGCGGUGCAGUCAAUGAUGCUGCGGGCUGGAGAUGGGCAUUCAUUGGUAUCGCGCCGAUAUCACUCGUUGCCGGACUAGGCGUUGCGACAUUUGUGCCAAAUAACAUCAAUGGUCAACAGGAUUUUAGGGAGAUGCUCAGCCGAGUUGACUUUCUCGGUGCUGCGACUUUGGUUUCAUCCCUCGUUUUGUUAAUGCUUGGCCUCAACCACGGAGGAUCCCAGGAAGGGUCGCCUCUAUUUGUCAUUGUCGUUCCUCUUGGCACCAUGCUUCUAUUGACAUUUAUUAUCAUCGAGUAUCGCUGGGCUAAAGAGCCGAUUAUUCCGCUGUCGCUUUUUGGUCGACGGACUGUGGUCGCGGCGUGCUUGACUGCGUGGUUCAUGUCCAUGGCGUUUUACGCGCUCACCUUUUAUAUUCCGCUGUAUCUGCAAAUGCUGGGGCAUUCAACCGGCGAGACAGGUCUUUACCUUCUCCCCGACUCUAUCGGCGCCGGACUGGGGUCUUUCCUCGUGGGCCUGGUUAUUCGGGUAACAGGAGGAUAUGGUGUGUUCAGGUACACCAUGACACUGCUUCUGGUUAUUGCAUCGGUCGGGUUCGUGGUGAUCUCACAAGAAACGCAUUGGAUUCUGCCAGAACUAUAUCUUUUCUGCAAAGGAUUCGGAAUGGGAGGUGGUUUGACUAUGUUAAUUCUCGCUAUACUACAUGCUGUCCCACAUGAGAAACACGCGACGGCCACCUCUGCCUUAUACGCUUUUCGAUCGACGGGGUCCACUGUGGGCUUGUCUGCUGCCAGUGCGAUUUUCAAUUACCGCCUCAAUCAGGCUUCUUUGGUGAAGGGCACUGCUUGUGUUGAAGGGGACGACUGCUAUUUGGAUGCACUUCACCAAGCCUUCAAAUUUGCACUGUGUCUCGCAUGCGCUGGUUUGGUAUCGGCUUUGUUUAUUGGAUGUUCUAGUACUAAAUCUAGACAGGAAGAUGGCGACUAA